UUCGCUUUUGUUGCGCGUUUCAUUCAGUAGUGAACAUUGUGAAAUUCUUUCAUAAACUAAGAAAUAAUAUGAUUUUUGGCACUUAACCCUGACAAAAAUUAUGCCUGUGUAAUGCUAGAAAAUAUUUCCUUGUGUGUCAUCAAAAUCGAAAUCGAUUUGGAAACCAACGCAGACCAAGAAGGCGCUGUCUCUGCGGAGCACCCAACUAAUCCGCGUGUGCAAAAGGAACGUGAACGCGACCGCGGACUACGCCAGGCACACGAAAUCAUCAUUGAAACAUAUACAAACCUUCGUUGGAUUAAAGAAACAAACGCAGCGAAGGAAUUAAAGAAAAUGAAUUGGGCCGCUGCACUGCAGCAGCAUACCAACAGUCCAACGGCAGGCAGCUCUCGGGAGACGACGCCCCGUGGCGGUGGCGAAGAGACGCAAGGGACGGCCUCCAACUUUCCACAAGAGCUGGGCUACUUCUCUGGCAACCCCAUUGUGGAGGUCACCAAAGGCAUAAUACAUCUCUACAAGAAAAACGAACGCAAAGCCAUUAAGGAGGCGCCUUCAAAUCAGCUCUGCCUCCUCGCCGUACCUUCCACACUCAACUGCCACGAUUUGCUGACCUUCAUAGCGCCCUGUCAUGCGGAGAUUAAACACGUGCGCAUCGUGCGCGAUGGCAGUCCAAAUCAGUUUAUGGUGCUGCUGGAGUUUCGCUCAAAUGAAUCUGCCUUAGAAUUCUACAACUCUUACAAUGGCUUAGCCUACAACUCCCUGGAGCCUGAUUCCAUCUGUCACGCCGUUUGGGUGUCAGAGGUCGAGCGUGGAGAACAUGGUUUGCCACCUCUUGGUCACACUGAACUGCCCACUUGUCCCGUUUGCUUGGAGCGCAUGGACGAGAGCGUUGAUGGCGUCUUGACGAUUCUUUGCAAUCAUGCUUUCCACGCCAGCUGUCUGAUGAAGUGGGGAGAUUCCACUUGCCCGGUGUGCCGUCACGUGCAGACCCCGGAGCUCGUCGAAGAUUCGGUUUGCAUGGAGUGCGAAGGCACAGAUUCGCUGUGGAUAUGCUUAAUCUGUGGACAUGUGGGCUGCGGUAGAUAUCAAGGCGGACAUGCCGCGGCGCACUAUCGCGCCACCAAUCACACUUUUGCAAUGCAGCUGGGGACAUCGAGCGUUUGGGAUUACGCUGGCGACAACUUCGUGCAUCGCCUGUUCCAAAAUAAAUCGGACGGCAAACUUGUUGCCUCGCAAACGGAGAAGGAUGAGCGCGAAGAGAAGAUCGACUCGAUGCAAAUGGAGUUUACCUACCUGUUAACCUCACAGCUUGACACGCAACGCAAGUACUACGAGGAGCGCAUGGAGCGCCUGGAAAAGGAGUGGGAGGAAUUUCAGAGCAAUGCCAACGCGGCCAACUCAGAGAUAGGCGAGCUGCAGCAGAUGCACCAGAGCUUGCUGAAGGAGAAGCAGAGUCUGGAACGAAAACUUGCCCAACAGGCAAACAAGCUCAAAGAGAUGCAAAAGCAACUGACUGAGGAACGGGAACUGUCCAAGGCCCUGCAGGACAAUCAAACAUCCUGGCACAUGAAAUACAAAAACCUGGAACAGCAAUACAAUGAAUUUAAGCACAACCAUGACAAGGAGGUCACAGAUCUCAAGGAGCAGCUGCGCGAUGUUAUGUUCUUUCUGGACACUCAAGAGAAGAUGGCCAACACCGAAAUGUCGGGCGCCUCCAUAACAGGUGUCACCGAAAAGGAGCCUGCCACCACGUCUCGGCGCGCCAAUCGUCGCAAGAAGUAGAAUUACGCAUGAAUUAACGUUUAGCUUCAGCAUUCAAAAAGUUCGAAGAUUCAAAUGUAAUAGUAAUACAUUCAAACCGGCAACCCGCUUGAUAAAGAACUCGAAGAAUCAAUAGAAAUGUAUUCGAAACUAACUUGCAUAAUAUAUUGAAUCAGAAUCGAAACUGAAGCUUAAGUGUCGCCUAAUACAAAACAAACUCUAUAUGUGAUUUUCUAAGUGAAACAAAAAGCUAAAGAAUAAUAUAGUAUCUAUAAAUAUCUAUA